GGCGCUGUAGUGCCGCCUGUAAUCCCCGAUCAGUGAUCGAGUUGAGUCGAUCAGAGUGUGCAGGACAUCCCUGGAUACUGUGAGAGGAGGGCCACUCUUGGCAAGGAGACGGUCAACUGUGAUUCGGUCUUCGAUCGGGUCGAGUUGAAGCGUUUACAACGGAUCAGAAAAAAUAUACCCACUCAGUAAGGGAUCUACGAUUACGGUGCUAGCUGUGAGGAAGAAAUAAAAUAAGCAACGACAGCCCCUCACUGACUCACUCACUCACUCACUCACUCACUGGUUGCUGUGUUUUCGAUUCGGCAGUACAAACAGUAAUUCUGUUCCUUCUACUCGACUGUGUUCAACAUAACGAGACAUUGUUGGAACAGUUUUUUGUUUCCUGCUUUUCGUGGGAAGAAACUCGACAGUUCUUGAGAUGACCAAAGGAAGGAGAGCUGUGCCCUCGUCGGCCAACGAAGGAAUAUGGUUCCGACACCGCGGAGAGCCGGGGGACCCAGAGGGCCGGCUGAGAGACAGGACGAGUACUAGGGACAUGUUGGAGGCGCCCUUCUCUGCUCCCGCCAAACCCCGCUCCCCGCCACAGCCCUUCCGGCACAAGGAGGAGGUGAUCUACAAGACCAACAACCCGUUCACACAACACGACAACAGGCACUACUUCCAGGAACACGGAGUCUAUCUGGGGAAUGGCCGUGACACCAGAUCUCUAGGCCGGCGCCUCCACCCCGUCGACCACCGUCUCCACCACACCGACCACUCUUACCUGCACCACCGGGGUCGUAACCCCACGACCUGCGACUACAACCCUGUGACGGCUACGUCUUACCAGAACCCGGGCCCCGCCGAGCCUAUCACGAGGCGCAGGUUUCCCCGGGUCUAUCGGAACGCUGAGUCUGCCAUGGACACGACGACGACAGAUUGGAGCAAUGCCACCUACCACACGCCCCUGCACGUGCUGGCAGCCUCCCAGGAGCCCUUCCUGGCCCACAACAGAUGGAAGUACUCCUACAAGGGUCCGCACAAGGUCUAUCCGCCUUACGACAGGAAGAAGUACCCGCAUGUGGAGAAUGUGCUCAACAGAUACGGCGCUAACUUCGCCACAGUGCCUCCCGUGGCCUCCUCGGACUGAGGACAGACUGUCUCAGCGGUUGUACUGUGAGGGGGGAUGAACACCUGGGAGAGAGAGAACGUGGGACAAGAGAGAUAUAAACAUCUUGGAGUGGGAGAGCGUGGGACAAGAGAAGGAAUAAAACCUUGAAGAGAGAGAAGGUGCAUUGAGGAAGGGAUUAUCUCACUGGAGUGAGAGAAGGUGGGACAAUACAAAGAAUAAAAUCUUGAAGAAAGAGAAAGUGCAUCAAGAAAGGGAUUAACACACUGGAGUGAGAGAGCGUGGGAAAAGAGAAGGAAUAAAAACUUGGAGUGAGAGUACAUGGGACAAUGAGGGGAUUAACACAUUGGAGUGAGAGAAAGUGGGACAAGAGAAGGAAUAAAACCUUGAAGUGAGAGAACGUGCAACAAUGAGGGGGAUUAUCACACUUGAGUGAGUGAAGGUGGGACAAGAGAAGGAAUAUGAAUAAAACCUUGAAGUAGUUAGAGAACAUGCAACGAGGAAGGGAUUGUCACACUGGAGUGAGUGAAGGUGGGACAAG